CGCGCUCUAAGAUGGCGGCCAACGUGUUCCCGUUCCGCGACGCCCGAGCCGCGCCGGAUCCGGUGCUGGAGGUCGGACCCGUGGCACACGGGCCGCUGCCCCUACCGCUGGUGCUGGACAAUGGGUCGUUCCAGGCCCGUGCCGGCUGGGCGUGCCCCGGGCCGGAUCCGGGCCCCGAGCCGCGCCUACAGUUCCGCGCGGUGUGCGCCCGCGGGCGCGGCGGGGCGCGAGGCGGAGCGGGCCCGCAGGUGGGCAACGCGCUGGGCAGCCUGGAGCCGCUCCGCUGGAUGCUGCGCUCGCCCUUCGACCGCAACGUGCCCGUCAACCUGGAGCUGCAGGAGCUGCUGCUGGACUACAGCUUCCAGCACCUGGGCGUCUCCUCACAGGGUUGUGUGGAUCAUCCCAUAGUUUUGACAGAAGCUGUGUGCAAUCCUCUAUAUUCACGCCAAAUGAUGUCUGAACUCCUUUUUGAGUGCUACAGGAUCCCCAAGGUUGCCUAUGGAAUAGACAGCCUCUUCAGCUUCUACCACAAUAAGCCAAAGAACUCAGUUUCCUGUGGGCUCAUCAUUUCAUCUGGAUACCAGUGUACACAUAUUUUACCCAUCUUAGAAGGAAGGCUAGAUGCCAAAAACUGCAAACGCAUCAAUCUUGGAGGAAGCCAGGCAGCAGGUUACCUCCAGCGACUCCUCCAACUGAAGUAUCCGGGGCACCUGGCGGCCAUCACUCUCAGCCGCAUGGAGGAGAUCCUGCAUGAGCACAGCUACAUUGCUGAGGACUACGGGGAAGAAUUGCAAAAGUGGCAGUGCCCUGAUUAUUAUGAGAACAAUGUCCACAAGAUGCAGCUUCCAUUUUCCAGCAAGCUCCUGGGCAGCACUCUGACCGCUGAGGAGAAGCAGGAGAGGCGGCAGCAGCAGCUACGGCGGCUGCAGGAGCUCAAUGCCCGACGGCGAGAGGAGAAGCUGCAGCUGGAUCAGGAGCGACUGGACCGACUACUCUAUGUUCAGGAACUUCUAGAGGAUGGACAGAUGGAUCAGUUUCACAAAGCUCUGAUAGAGCUGAACAUGGACUCCCCAGAAGAGCUGCAGUCCUACAUACAGAAGCUCAGUGCAGCAGUGGAGCAAGCGAAACAGAAAAUCCUUCAAGCAGAAGUCAACCUCGAGGUGGAUGUGGUGGACAGCAAGCCAGAGACCCCUGACCUGGAGCCACUGGAGCCAUCUCUAGAAGAUGUGGAAAGCAUGAAUGAUUUUGAGCCCUUGUUUUCAGAGGAAGCACCAGAAGUGGAGAAACCUGUCACCACUGUCCAGCCCGUGUUUAACUUGGCAGCAUAUCAUCAGCUGUUUGUUGGGACAGAAAGAAUCCGGGCUCCAGAAAUUAUUUUCCAGCCCUCGCUCAUAGGAGAAGAGCAGGCGGGAAUAGCGGAGACGCUUCAGUACAUUCUGGACAGGUACCCAAAGGAAGUUCAGGAGAGACUGGUCCAGAACAUUUUUCUCACUGGUGGGAAUGUGAUGUAUCCUGGGAUGAAAGCCAGAAUGGAGAAGGAACUGCUGGAGAUGAGACCCUUUCAGUCUUCUUUCCAGGUUCAGCUUGCCUCGAACCCCGUGCUGGAUGCCUGGUAUGGUGCUCGUGACUGGGCUUUGGACCACAUGGACGACGAUGAAGCCUGGAUCACCAGGAAGGACUAUGAAGAAAAGGGAGGAGAGUACUUCAAGGAGCACUGUGCCUCCAACAUCUAUGUCCCCAUUCGCCUGCCCAAGCAGGCCUCACGUACCUCAGAAUCCCAGGCAGCAGGCAAAGGCUCAGGAGCCAACGAGCAGGCCUAGCAGAGGGCCCUCCAGAGAGAGAGCUCCGCACACAUGGCCUUUGGCAGUGUGAUGGGACAAGGACUGUGCUAGAUGUAUUUGGCUGCAAACUGAAUUUCUCCCGGGGAGAACAGACAUAAGAGCAGCAGGAUCAUCUUGUACAGAGUUUCGUUUACUGGGGGCUGCUGCAGCGUGAAAAGUCUGAGUGGCCAUGUGGCAUCUGGAAGCUGGUACCAAGUUUUGUCGGCAGCUUCCAGCGAGCAAUGAAUGAAGACAUGGAGGCCAGGGUGUACAAAGAGCACUAGACUUAUUUCUUACUGCAUUUUCAAGCCUUUUUUGUUUUAAAAAAAAGUUAUGAAGUUUUAUCAGUGUAUUUUUUCCUACCGUAUUUAUUCAGAAAUUGUGUGAUUGCCCAGAGGGGAAGGUCCUUCAUAUAUUAAAAGCUGAUAUUUAUAUUAAA